AUGCCCAUAUAUGGUUUCAAUGGCAUGGAGUCAAAAAUCGAAGGGAUGAUUCAACUACCAGUUACUAUGGGGACCGAACCACGUCAAGCUACAUUUAUGUUGAACUUUUUGAUUGUCAAAGCCUCGUCAACUUAUAAUGCAAUCCUUGGGAAGACAGGGAUGCACGCCUUUAAGGCAAUAGCGUCCACGUAUCAUCUGAAAAUCAAAUUUCCGACAAGGAAUGAAGUGGAGGAAAGGAGAGGCAAGCCUGCCGAGGAUUUGAUUCCAAUCACUUUAUAUACUGAAGAACCUGAUAAGAUCACAUAUGUAAGAGCAUUACUCCAAGAGGAUUUGAAGGAAGAAGUUGUGAAAUUUCUGAGGAACAACUGUAAUGUCUUUGCUUGGACAGCUGCUGAUAUGCUAGGGAUCGAUCCCCUCUUCAUGACCCAUAAGCUGAAUGUGAACCCCGAAAGAAAACCCAUUAAGCAGAAGAAGAUGAAUUUUGAUCCUGAAAGGCAGGAAGCCAUAAAUCGGGAAGUCGAUAAGUUGUUGGAAGCAGGUUUCAUUGAGGAGAUUCAAUUUCCGGAGUGGUUAGCCAACCCAGUCAUGGUCAAGAAGGCUAAUGGGAAGUGA